AUGUGGCCCUUCUCGGCCGUGGCCGGAGCCACGGUCGUCCUAGCUUUGGUCGUGCUACUACAAGUGCAUGCUGCCAACCACUGGUCGAUCACCGAUCACAACACCAUCACCCGCCGCGAGGACUUUUUAUAUCGGCCUCCGCAAACGCACUCGCCCCACCUUGUGUCAUUCUUGCGUCACGAGGAACGCAUGGAUUAUUACCGGUCGGCGACUGCUGCUAUCGACCAUCUCCUUUUGAAAAAUGCAACCCGCCCCAGCAAGACCACGGCGAUGCCGGACUUGCUGUCCAAGCUCCGCGACUACCGCGAGCAGCUCACCUUGGCUGAAGUGUCUCUGAACAUCAGCCUGGCCCUCUUCCCCGCACACCGGGGCCUGCGGUCCCGACUUUACUUCGACCAAAAUGCCAUCCCUGCCUCGCCGUCGCUUGAGCCGCACUUUGGCAACGCUGCUAACCUCAAGCUGCCUCCUGAACCGAGCCUUCUGCCUGCGGCAUGGCAUGACGUUGAAGUAUCCACGUCGCCCCUGCCAACCGUGGCAGCGUAUGGGCAUUUUGUUGCUCAAGCCAUGAAUGCACGCACGGGUUGGCUGCUCAACAUGCUUGCCAGUAUAUACUGGCGCAUGCAAGGCAACGCCAAAGAGGGUAUCCAGUGCCUUCAGGCUUCUUUGCACCAAACACCAAAACAAUAUCGCGGCAUCGUGCUUGGUAAUCUGGCAGCUUUGCUCUUUCGAGCUGAACAACUCGAGGAGGCCGGCUUGGUCAUUGAUGCUGCCCUAGACGUGUGCCAGUCUGUGCCUCUCUUGCACCUUCAGCAAGCGCUUGUUUCCGUGCACACCAACGACCUCCUGACCGCCAUGGCUAGCAUACGCCAGGCUGUUCGUCUUGCUCCCCCAUUGCCCUACAUGCAGCAGCUUGCACAAGCCAUUGCAAAAACCAUCAAGCUGCAGGCCGUGAUUGCGCGUCGUGACUAUGAAAUCAGCAUUCGGCGCAUCACAAUGGUGUUGCCGCCUGAUCUGACAUGGGAUGACUUUGAUUACGAAGCCAUUGACAACUUGUGUGAAGACGCCGUUUGUCGCGGCAAUGCAUCGUGUAAUCCCAUUGAUGGCAAGUGUCAUUGUCACUCUGGAUUCAAGGUUCAGGAUGGUCGCUGUGUGACCGACGCUGCGUGCACCAACAUCACGUGCCCGCGCAACAAUGUGUGCCGCGAAGGGCGAUGCUUUUGUGAUCUGGGCUACAGGCCUCAGGGCCGUCGAUGCGUUAUCGACAAAUGUGCUGGUGUGCCGUGCGUGGACAACGCUGGCUGCCAUCCCGCCACGGGCAUAUGCGAAUGUCAGGCACCCUUUGUAGCUCAGGGCGCGCAGUGCGUUCAAGCCGACUGUUUGGGUGUGACAUGCCGCGAACAUGCCUUUUGUCAACGCGGACUCUGCUAUUGUCGGAUUGGUUACCAUCCAGAUGGUGACCGCUGUCUGCCUGGGUACACGCCCGAUAUUCAAACCAAUCUCUGUCGUCGCAUCGUAUACAUGCCAGAACCGGACGGUAGAAUCUCGGAAGCGCUGUCAGAAACUGAAAGCUCGGACCUCAUCCCUGAAAAGUCUUUUGAGGAGGAGCUGAAAGAAGAAGUUGAGGCCGCUUCUGGCGCUGAUGAAAUGGCAACUUUUCAAUCGGAUGCAGACGACCUGCCCAAGGCUGCGUCACCUCCAUCGACGGCAGCCGUGGGUGUGCGAAGUAGCGAGUUUCGCAACCAGGAAUCUGAGCACUACUUUGCAGGUGUUCUCUCCAGUGACUCGGACGAUUGGGUGACGGCACUGACGUGUAUCGAUGUCAAUCUGCAAAAGCCACGGUGGAAUGAGUUCGCUUCCACCUUCUUGCCACCUACGACGCCGCCGGGUCAAGCGCUGACGGAUCUGAUUGACAUGCACGGUGCUCUUCCUAGCAGCACCACGGGCUUGCUUCGCCCAUCCUGCAUUCCCCUUAGCCGACACAUUAGCAGUAUGCACACCAUGGAUCACAUUUACGGCUUUCAGGAGCGCCGUGCUCUCGAGUUUUAUACCCUAUACACACCUGAGCUUGGGCUGAAGGAGAUGAUUGAGUAUAUUCUGGGUGAAACCAUGGCUGCAGGCACAUUUGGCCACCGUGUGGCCAUGGCCAUGCAAGCGCAUCCCAGCUCUGAUGCCGUACAUAACCUUGCAGCUUUGUAUUGGCGCAUUGUUGGCAAUGGAACAGAAGCUCUCGAGUGCGUGCGGUUGGCACUGCAUCACGCGCCGCUGCAGCGCAAAGAUGCCGCCUUUGUAAGCGCAGCCAAUGUGCUACAUCGCACGGGCUUGUUGGAGAAUGCUACACAGCUUGCCAAGUUUGCCCUCUUGUGCAAUGGUACACAGCGAAGCAUUCCGCACUUUACGCUGGCAAACGUGUAUGCCGCCCAAGGCCAGUACGAUGAGGCAGAGCUGCACUAUGAAAAGGCCAUCCGUUACCACAGCUCGUUCCAGCUGGCUUCAGACAUGCUCCUUCGUAUUCGAUGCUUGCGCAAGUUUGUUACUAAUGAGGUUCAGGCAGCGGACGUACCCCUCCAUACAAAGCUGGAGCAGCAGCGCAUGGAACUUGAGCGACAUGCUGUGGAGGCGCAAGAACUGCGCAACAAGCUCAACACCCUCAAAGAACUUAUCUACGAUCAUAGCGGCCAUCGAGAAGCUCAGGUACUAUUUGAGCAGCUCUCCGAGGCAGAGGCACGGUUGCAGGCUGUGUUUGAUCGAAGCCAGCGAGAGUAUGAUUCCCUCCUUGCCUCCACAAAUGCCGGCGUGAGCACGGGUAUCGAUUAUCGUUUGAAGGAUUCUCGCAGCCAAUACCAUCCCGAAAUGCGACCUCAGAUGAAUAGCGUCAGCGACGAUACCGGGCGUGAACUUGGAUCGGCUGAAGAUGUCGCACCCGCUAACUCUGAUGAUGGGGCUGCCGUAGCUUCCGACAAUGAUAGCGAAGAUUUGGGGGACAUUGGUUCUAUUUAUUCGCCGACUGAUAAACUCAACGAAUAUUUAGACGAAAACGGCCAACGAGUCAUUGUUGUCGAAUAUCCCAAGAGUCCAUCCAUUCCCAGUUUGAUGAUUGCCGUCGACAAGAUGUAUGCAAAGCGACGGGAUGAAGUGACCUUGCUCAAGCCGUCAGUCAAUUGGCCCACGCAAGAGCAAUGCAACAUCUUUCGCGAGGGUGCCCCACUACUUGCAAACUUUAGCAUCCCAGUGACAGGCUUUUCUGAGGCCGUGAUCGAAGAAGAGCUGGUACCCUACGUCCCGCUCAACGAUGAGGGUUGGGGCACAGUUCUCACCUCUCCAGUUGAUGGUCGCAGUCGAAAAGGUCGUCGAAACAUCGUGACAGGCCGCACAGCGCUACCUUUGCUGACUGUCGCACGCCGCGUCAACACCACCAUACCAUCGCCACGCUACGUGAGCACGAUUGUGGAUCACGCUCGCCGCGGUAUUGACUGGAAUAAACUGAUCGACUUUAGCUCCCCCUUGGCGGCGUCCAAAGCCUCACCGGCUGAGGUUGGCGUCAUUCCUCGUGGCGAGCCCCGUUGCACAAGCCCAUUAGCCGAGAAUCCAGCCGAGAGCCUGUCGCACCUUACCGGUGUCGUCAAUGCGGCCGAGUUGCGCAUGUCACCCGAGCGUUGCCUUGAGGUUGUGUUGCAAACCCUGAACGAGACACAAUUGCCUUGGUCUGAGCGCAAGAUUCUCCCACUGGCCGAGGUGGGCGCCCGCCUGGCUUGGGCCAUGCGUCACCAGCACGCGCAAACGUGGGCACUCAUGGAUAUGGCGGCCAUUUACUGGCGCGUACGAGGCAAUGCAACCGAGGCUAUGGGCUGUUAUCGGCGCAUGUUCAGCGUUGCUCCCCCCGAUCACAAGGACGUCGCGUUAUUGGGGCUGGGCAACGUUCUGCACCGCUCGCUGUAUACGAUAGAUGCACUGACCACCCUGCAGAUGGCCAUUCAACUGGCCCCUCGCCAGCCUAUUCACUAUUUUGCAAUCGCCACUGUACUCGCCGCGCUGGAGGGGCGGGCGGAUGACGAGGCCAAAUUCUUCUAUGAAACAGCAGUGGUGCUUGUUCCACAAAGCCGGGCUUUUCAGAUGCGGCUAGCUUUCUUGAAAUGCCGGGAGGAGGGGCACAUUUUCCAGCCACUUCUUGACUAA